UACCUUGAAAGUUGAAGGUUGAGAAGUCUUUGGAUCUGACUACUAAUACUAUCUUUCGGACGAAGAUUUAAGGUUAAGACAACGCGGGGCUGAAAGUCACCCUACGGCUAGAUCAUAUAGGCGUAACGACUAGUCAGUGAGCGCGAGUGAGUAAAAUAUCGAUAGCGACUAUGCUGCUGCGACUAAAGGUCUUCUCGCUCGGUCUGCCGCGGCGGACUGAAUCACUACUAGCCGCCCUGCUGCUCGGCUUCCUAUGUAUCGGCGGCUUCAUCAAUGGUGUGUCCAGUGCCGAUAAGUACGAGGAGGGCAUUCUCUUCAAAUAUUACAACUCCACACGUGACGUCGUGCACGCGUUCAGCUUUGCAACAAACAAAUCGUACGAGUACGACGUGUCGUGCAACCCCUCGGAGAAGUUUGCCAUCGUCGUCUUCGGGUGGAAAGUUGGGUGCGACAAGUACUUUGUGCAGGAUUUGAUUGGAAAUCUCACAAAGCAUCGGGGAGGAUGUGUGAUCUGUAUGGAUUACGACGUCUUCGCUCAGGUGCCGAGCUAUCUGCGCCUGAGAGGUCAGAAGACCCAGAUCCAGAACAUCUUGAAGCGUAAGCUGCAGUUCCUGGAGGCGGAGGGAUUCAACCCGGACAACGGUUAUCUGUAUGGGUUCAGUUUCGGGGCCAACAUGGUUCUGGAAGCGGCCAAGGAGUUCGGCGUGAAGAAAAUCAAACAAAUCGAUGUUUGCGAAGUAGUGGGCAUGGCGAUGGAUGCGACCUUCGCAGUGGCCCCGAACUGGCGCAAGGCGGCUAAAAACGUCCAGUGUAUUCAUACCAGCAAACAGUAUGGAACGCGGUUCCUGAGCAGUUGCCACCAGGACUGGAUCCUGGGAGAUUGCGGAGAGCAACAGGAUGCAGCACCUCUGUCCGCCUUUGGAUCGCACGGAGUAUGCACCCUGUUCUAUAACAGCGCCUUCGAGCAUGACUUUUUGGCCAUCGAAAAACCAAGCAACUGCACCGCCGAUCAGGAAGCGGAAGAUUGGCCCGAAGGAUUUAAGAUGGGAUACAUGGAAACACGCAAAACGGGCAUCCGAGGGCAGUUGUUUGCUAGGACCUAUGGAAAGUUCCCAUUCAACGAACCAGCCGAAGAACCAGCCGUUACAGAGACCGCGAAUGCGCUGAGAUUUGAUCCGGUGGAUUUCUCCGACUACGGGGACAUAGCAAAUGAUUUUGUAACCAACGAUUAAAUCCUUUCAGAGUGGUAUUGGGAUUAUCCAAAUACUUAUAGUGUUCAAUUAUGAUUUAAUGAAAUUGUAACCUUCAUCAUCCAAGCAAAUUAAAAAAUCGAAGCAAAUAUUUAUUCUAGAUCUAGUGUCAAAAGUAAGAUAAGGAACUGGGAGGCAGUAUUCAAAAUGGUAUGGUGAAAUUUAUCAAUAUUUAAAGGGAAUUAUUUUUUUAAGAAGAUCGUCCAGACAUCAGACAUAAAUGGGACAUUUAUCAAUUGUUAAUGCUGGCAAAAGUAGAAUACUAUGUACAAGAGGGUAUCUAAAGGUAGAGUCAGCGUCCAUAUAAAGCUGCAUGAGGUUGGGUAAAACCAUUACAUUUAUUCUGUUGAUAAAUAAAUACAUGUGUCAGUUGACUGUAGCACCUUCCGCAAUAAACGAAUUUACCCAUACAAAUUACAA